AUGCCCCGCUGGUGCGUGCCCGCCCGCGCCCGCCGUGGCCGCGUCCGGCCAUUGCGCACGCCCCGCCACCGCACCUCCUCCCGCAGUUCCGCCCCGCCUCGCUCCCUCCCUCUCCCUCGUGCGCUCGCGCUUGCCCCCGCGCUCCCCGCGUUCGGCCCGCGCCCGGGCCGCGCGUCGCCCCGCCCGGCGUGCCUACACACGCGCCGUGGCCGCACCCUCUUCCCCGUGAGCAGCGCCCCUCCUCUCUCUCCCUCGCCCCCACGCUUACCGUGGCCCUCGCACCCGUUGGCCGCGCCUGGGCUCGCCCCUGGUCACGCCCACGACCGCGCUCACUGCGCCCCGCGACCACCGCCCCGCCCUCCGGCUCCCGACGCUUCUCCACCUCGGCCAUGGCCUCGCCCUCCCCCGUCUCUCGCUCUGUCCCGUGGCCGCGCCACCGCGCCUGCCCCUCCGCGCCACUCGGACCGCACCAGCGCCACCUCUCGCCUCCACCCGCCGUGGCCCCUGGCCGCGCCGGCGAGCCCCGCCAUCGGUGCCCUGGCGUCCUCGUCCCGCCCUGCGGGCGAGCGCUCGCCCUGGGCCACUGCCAGGUAA